AAAGAAGUGCCUCGUCCAUGCCAGCUCGGGGGGGGGACGGGGGUAUAUAAACGGAGGCCAACGGGCAUGCUCUAUCCCACGGUCCGCUUCAUCUCUUCAGCCCACAGCGAGCCUGCAGACAUGGCGUUCAACGGAACUUGGAAGGUCGACCGCAACGACAACUACGACAAGUUCAUGGAGCAGAUGGGCAUCAACAUCAUGAAGCGGAAGCUGGCCGAGCACGACAACCUGAAGAUCACCAUCGAGCAGAGCGGGGACACGUUCCACAUCAAAGAGUCGAGCACCUUCCGCCUCAAAGACAUCGACUUCAGCCUGGGCAUGCCCUUCGACUACAGCCUGGCAGACGGCACCGAGGUCACGGGUACGUGGGAGAUGGAGGGGGACACGCUGAAAGGCAGAUUCACCAGGAAAGACAACAGCAAAGUGCUGAGCACCAGCAGAGCCGUGGUGGGAGGAGAGCUCGUACAGAGCUACAACUACGAGGGAGUGGACGCUACGAGGAUCUUCAAGAAGCAGUAACAGAGUCUAAAGUUCAGGUUUUAUUUGUAUAUAGCUGACAUCAUGUAGAUUUCCUCUAUCAUAUACAUAUACUUUUCCCAGAGUGUUCAGAGAGUAGUCCACACAGAGUGCAGCACGGCCUGUAACCAUCAACAUGAAGCCCAUGCAGCUGGGCAGGCAGGUGAACACAAUCAGAUCUCAGUUGAUGAGAGUGAAGUCAGCCUGAGAGCACAGAGGGAUCUGAACAACCUGAAGACUCUGCAGCUCCAGCCCUGCAGAGAACUGCGCUCGCUCUCUGCCCACCUUUAGACAUCGCUGUUCUGAGCUAUUAAAACAUGAGAACAUAUAUAAGUCUGCACUAAUGGUACUCAUAUAUAAUAAUCUGUAACAAUAAAGCCAUUUUCAUGUGUCACUUGUA